AUGCAAUUUCUUUCUCAACGUAGCCCAGCAGCUCAGCGGAGCACACAUUUCUUCCUGGCAUGUGUAUUCAUCAUGAUCGCAUGCUCUGGACCAGUUUCCCCCAUUCAUGCUCCUCCAGUGACGACGGGUCUCCGCUCUGCUUUUUCUGCCACCCGAACCAACAAUGUAGUGGGAGGCAAUCAGAAAGCAGUGACCUUCAACCGGCUCAUGGUCAACAUUGGAGGGGACUUCAAUCCGGACAGUGGUCACUUCCGCUGCCGCAUCCCCGGGGCUUACUAUUUCUCCUUCUCCGUGGGGAAAUUUCCAAAGAAAAUGCUUUCUGUGAUACUGGUGAAGAAUGGAGAGGAGGUGCAGGCGAUAGCGUAUGAUGACUACCGCAAAAAAGGGAGGAAAGUUCAAAGCCAAAGCAUAAUGAUCAGUUUGAAGGAGAUGGACACAGUGUGGCUGCUUUUACAACAGAGUCCCCAGUAUGCUUUGUACAGCAAUGCUGGCCCUUACAUCACCUUCUCCGGUUACCUCGUCUAUCCUGACAUCUCCCCAACCAGCUACAUCACCAACCACCUGUCCCCAUCAGGCCUGUCCUACCCAAACUGCCCCCCUCAGGCUGACUCCUGGGCCAGAGAUCAGACAUCAGAGCCGCCACAGUCUGCCUUCUCGGUGGCACGGACAUCCACACUCAUGGGUCAGAGUAGCAGGCAGCAGGACAAGCCACCUCUGACCUUUGAUGUGGAAUAUGUCAACAUCGGAGGGCAUUUCAACAAAACCUCAGGCUUGUUCACGUGCCACUUCCCGGGUGCAUACUUCUUUGCCUUCACUGUGGGGAAACACCCCCGCAAGGCUGUGUCUGUGAAGUUGAUGACCGGGAAGGGUGAGGUGCAAGCGAUGGUGUUUGAUGAGGACACGUCGAAGAGACGGGAGAUGCAGAGUCAGAGCUUGCUGCUGUCUCUCCGCCAGGGCGACAGUGUGUGGCUGUACAGUCAGCAGGAUGAGCGUUAUGCUGUCUACAGCAACCAGGGGAGGUACACCACGUUUUCUGGCUUCCUGGUUUAUCCUGAUGCAGAAAAACUCCCACCUCCCACCACACAGGACAGAACUCAUCUCUAA